AUGUACAACACAAUCCAUUUAGACGAGAAAUGGUUCUACAUGACAAAAGGGACACAACGUUAUUACCUACUCCCAGGUGAAACACAGCCUUAUAGAACGUGUAAGAGCAAAAGAUUUGUCACAAAAGUCAUGUUCCUAUGUGCCGUUGCUAGGCCACGAUUUAAUGCAGAUGGAGAAUGCAUUUUUGAUGGGAAAAUAGGAAUGUUUCCGUUUGUCAGGUGGGUGCCAGCAAAAAGAAGAAGCAGAAAUAGGCCAGCAGGUACAUUAGAGCUCAAACCAGUUACCUCAGUCACAAAAGAAGCUUAUAGGAACAUGUUAAUCAGACAAGUGAUCCCAGCAAUCAUGCAAAAGUGGCCAGAUAACGAUCAAGGUCCAAUAUAUUUGCAACAAGACAAUGCAAGACCUCACAUAGAAGUACAAGACAGAGACUUCAUGGAAGCUGUGCAAAAUUCCAACAAAGACUUAAGGUUAGUAUUCCAACCUCCGAACAGCCCAUAUAUGAAUGUGUUAGACCUUGGAUUUUUUAGGGCGAUACAAUCCCUCAAGGAUCAAACAGCCCCAAAAAACACCAAGGAGCUGGUCAAGAAUGUUAAAAAUGCAUUUAGGGAGUAUUGUCCAACUAAAGGGAAUAGAGUGUUCCUUAGUCUCCAAUUGGUGUUAAUUCAAGUGAUGAGAGUAAAGGGGAGCAAUAAUUACUUGCAAAAACAUGUUGGAAAAGAAGCUUUAGAGAGACAAGGACUACUUCCUAUUGUUUUCUCUCCAUCUCCAAGUCUUGUUGAAGAAUGUUUGGCAUACGUUGAAGCAAUGCAGUAG